AUGUCAAGUGGUAAUUCAAGAAUUAUAGAUUUACUGCAAUUGCAGAAUCUAACAAAGAGAGAUCCACCUGCCUACAAGGAAGAGUUUAAACUUCAAUAUCAACAUUAUCUUACUCAAUUACAAAUCUUUCAAUUAAAACCAACUAAAGAUUUUAAAUCUUUCUCUCAAUUGGUUAGUUAUUUAUCUCAUGUAAGUGCAUGUUAUCCAGAAGAUAUGAAAGACUUUCCAAAACAAAUAUGUGAUUUAUUAGAGAAUAGUUGUACCAACUUUGAACCAGAGUUGAGACGUGUAUUGGUUAAAUCAUUGAUUUUAAUGCGUAACAAAAACAUGAUGCAACAGAUACCGUUGUUGUCUCUCUUUUUCAAAUUGUUCCGUGUACACGACAAACCACUUCGUAAACUUCUCUACUCGUACAUUGUCGCCGACAUUAAAAAUACAAACAUCAAGCAAAAGAAUGUCAAACUCAACAAAUCACUUCAAAACUUUAUGUUUACAAUGAUGUCUGAUCCUUCUGAAAUUGCUACUGUCAUGUCUCUCAAAGUUAUGAUUGAUUUAUUUAAAAGAAAGAUUUGGCAUGAUAUUAAAACAGUAAAUGUAAUUGCAAGUGCAGUAUUUUCAAAGAAUGGUAAGAUUGUAUCAACUGCAUUAAACUUUUUCCUCAAGAUUGAUGGUGACAAGACCGACGAUGAAGAAAAAGAGGCAGCUGAACGUGAAAAGGAGGCCAAGGCCGAGAUGAAGGCUCAAUCACUCUCAAACAAGGUCUCUAAAAAGACACGUUCCGGUAAACGUCGUUACGAAAAGUCAAAGGAUAAAUUCAAGAAACUCAAGGAACAAAAUCAAGGACGUAGCAAUCCCAACUUCCCCGCCAUUGAGUUGAUCCACGACCCACAGGGAUACGCCGAACGUCUCUUUUCUCAACUCCGUCGUUCCACUGAAAAGUAUGACAAUCGUCUCUUGAUGAUGAACUUUAUCGCUCGUCUCGUGUCGACACAUAAAUUGUUGCUCUACAACUUUUACCCAUACAUUCAAAAGCUUCUCACACCAAGUCAAAAGAAUAUCACCUAUAUAUUGGCUGUUGCCGCACAGGCCUGUCACGAGUUGGUCGACCCCGACAUUCUCAAACCUGUCAUUCGAAACAUUGCCAAAUACUUUGCCAACGAUGGGUCCAACCCAGAGGUCAUUGCCAUCGGUCUCAACACGAUCCGUGCUAUCUGCUCGAGAGCUCCACUUGCCAUGGAAUCGCAGCUCUUGCACGAUCUCAUCCAAUACAAGGACAACAAGGAGAAGGGUGUCAAGAUGGCCGGUCGUAGUCUUCUCUUGUUCUUUAGAGAGGUUGCUCCACAUCUCCUCCCCAAGAAGGAGCGUGGCAGAGACGGUCACAAAAAGAUGCAGGCUCCUGUCCUCCAAUUCGGUCAACAAAAGGUUAGUCAAGGUGUCGAAGGUGUCGAACUUCUCUACGAUGAAGAAUUAAACAAAGCUUUGGAGAAAUAUGAAGCUGGAGAAUGGAGUGAAGAAGAAGAAGAAGAUUCUGAUCAAGAAGGUUGGAAUGAUGUUGAAGCUUCAGAUGAUCAAGAUGAUGAUGGUGAAUGGGAAUCUGUCAGUGGUGAAGAAGAAGUAGAAGAAGGUGACCAAGAUGAAUGGGAAUCUGUCAGUGGUGAUGAAGAUGAUGAUGAUGAAGAAGAUUGGAAAGAUGUUGAUGAAGAAUUAAUAGAUCAAAUUAAUAAUGGUGAGUGGGAAGAAGUUGAUGAAAAUGAAGAUAGUGAUGAUGAAGAGGAAGAAGAAGAAGAAGAAGAGGAACAACAAGAAGGAGAAGAAGUUGGUCAAGAGUCAUCUGGUGCAGCAUUUGAAGGUACUGCCAAUAUCAAGGAUAUGUUAAAGUUACAAGCCAAACAACAAAAACAAAUUCAACAAGACAAGCAAGAAAUUAACAAAAAGAAACAACAAGAACAAUCAAAGAAACAAGUUGCCACCACUGCUACCACCACCACCAACAACAACAAGAAGAGACAAAUUCAAAAAGAGGAAGAAUCAGAAGAGGAAGAAUCUGAAGAUGACGACCAAGAUGAAUGGGAAUCUGUCAGUGAAGACGAAGAAGAAGGUGAGGAUGAUGAUGGUGAAUGGGAAUCUGUCAGUGAUGAUGAAGAGAUCCAACAACAACAACAACAACAAGAUGAAGAUGAAGAAAAAGAAAAGAAAAAACAAGAAGAAAAGAAAAAGAAACAAGAAGAAAAGAAAAAACAAGAUGCACUUGACAAGGAAAAGGUUGAUUUGGACAGAAUUUUAACAGACGAGGAUUUGGCAAAGAUUCAAAAAUUGAGAAUGAUUAAAGAUGUCAUUGAAAAGAAGCGCAAGAUUGAAGAUAUGGAUGACCUUGAAGAUCAAGGUAGCGAUAUGGACGACGAUGACAAUCCACUUGGUAUCAUUGAUCCAGACAAUUUGAUUGGUGAUCACAAGAAAAAGAGACAAACCAGACAAGAAAGAUUGGAUGGUGUCUUGCAAGGUAGAGCAGAUAGAGGAGAGUAUGGUGCCAAGAAGGCUCGUCGUGAAAAGUCUGGUAACUCUAUGAGAAACGAAGAACAAGCCAAACGUAACAAACCAUUCCUUUUGGUUAAACAAGCUGAUAGAAUUAGAAAGAAACAAUUCAUGUCUCUCAGAGAUAAACAAAUGGCCAGAUCAAAACCAAAUGAUUAUUAA